GAUGGCAGGUUGACGGCGGGGCGGACUGCAGCUCCUCCUCCGCCGCCGCCGCGCCUUUCACGAGCGGCCGGUGAGCGCGCGCCAGCCUCGCCGCCCCCUCCGCCCGGAAGAGGCGUCUCCGUGGGCAGCACGGCCUCCCCGGGGGCGGGGGCUGGCGUUGGCCUGUGACCCCCUCCCCAAUAUCUCGCCGUGAGGGCCUCGUCUGCCUCGCGCUAAGGUUGUCGGGAGUUGUAGUCCGAGGGUGGUGGCUGUUUCUUUGGCCUUGAGGAAGAGGAAGCAAGGAAUACAGUAAUGGAUGAGAACAUACGUAUCCAUACGUGGCCCUGUUCCUAUUACCUCAACUCUGAGAGACAAUGGGUUCCCGGCAAACUCUUGCUGACGCCAGUUUCCGUAAGAUUUACAGCUGACAAAUCUGGAGAACUCCUGGCCAGCUUCCAUCUUUCCAGCAUCAGUGAGAUCAAGAAAGAAUCUUCCACCUUCAUUUUUAGUUCUCUCACUCUUUUGGAGAACAAUACCAAGCAUUGGUUCAGUUCCCUUCAGCCUAACCGAAAUGUGGUCUUCAAUGUUCUCGAACAUUUUUGGAGAGAACAGCUGCUGUCAUCUGAUGGAGCUGGGGCACAGACGGCUUGUCCCCAGACAUCCAAGGGCAAAGAAUUAACUGGUUUGUUGAUGGGAUCUCAAAAGCGCCUGGAAGAUACUGCAAAAGUGCUUGAGCACCAGGGUGAACAGUUUGAUAACAUCAUGAAGGGACUGGACAAGAUUGAAUCAGAGAUGGACGUGGCAGACAGGUUGUUGUCAGAACUUGAAUCUCCGUCUUGGUGGCCUUUUGGUGGGAAACUACCCAAGGUGGCGUCUGAAGGAGGGAAGGCGAAGGAGACCUCCGUGGGUUCGGGUUCUAAGAGCAAGGAUGGGGUGAUAGUCCAGAUCCCCGUUAUCAUCACUGAAAGGACAGAUUCUAACGUCAAACCAGGCAGCCUCACGCUCUUAGUUUCUGGCCUGAAGAUCAGCGACGCCAAGUCUCAGCUGCUGCACUGGUUUGACAAGAAGGACGUGGAUGAUGUGAAAGUUCACUCACCCUAUGAAAUCUGCGUCCGCCAGAGGUUCAUCGGGAAGCCAGACAUCUGCUACCGGCUGCUGUCGGCAAAGAUGCCGGAAGCCAUUCCCUUCCUCGAGAUGCAGUUCAGCAAGAAAAUUCAGUUCCUGGAGGAUGCCUUGGGGCUUGCGCAGGCUAGGAGGACUCCUCAAGAGGAGGCUGGCGGCUCCAUUUGGCAAGCAGCAACCGGGCUGGUUGGAAGCCUAGUGCAGACUGGAUCAGCAACGCCCUCCUCCUCUCGAGGAACCGGAGACAGCCCGCAGGCUCAGAUGCAGAAGGAAAGACAGGUUGUUUCGGAGAGCGAAACGCAGGAGCUCAGGCAGAUCCUUCGGAGGCUCAAGUGCCUGGCCUUGGAAACCGAAACGGAGCUGGAACAGCAGGACGAGAGCCUGGAUGCCAUCUCUUCAUCCGUGGAUCGAGCCACCCUGAACAUCGACAGGCAGAACCGCAGGAUCAGGAAACUAACUUAGGACCUGCAAGAGGUGUUUUGCAGCUGUGAAGCAGAGGUGCCCGUUCUUCGCCUGGGCCGCACCCUGGGAACGUCCUUUGUGUUGGCCGGGGCCAGAUUUCCAGAGGGGGGGCUUGCAUUAGCGAAACCACAAAGCCACGGGCGAGGAAGGUGGUUCUGACUGGGUAUUAUUAAAUGAAGGGGGUGUCCUGUUAAGUUGCAGAGGAAGGAGGAACGUUGUUUCUGUUGUUCUCCAGCCGAUCCAAGGGUACUACUUUGGGCGCUCCCUGGCAGUGUUUCGGUGGGACCUGCCGCGCAGGGGGAUUAGCUGAAUGCAGCCUUGUGGCAGGGAGAAUCUCAACUUGCACGUGGAAACGCAGUGUGGUCUGCAGGUCUUUCUUUCAGUUCACCUGUUGGACCACAGACUGACUCCUUAACCACUUCUGUAGCACCUUGAGUUUGCCACGUCUUCGGGGAACGACCUGUCUGGGUUGGCCUUGACCCUGUGAGAUCAACUAGCUCCUCUGAGAAGCCAUGGCGCAGAAGCUAAUUUGUGUCACCAUCAGAGCUUUUUCCGUGGGGACGCGAAGGCAUUUUAGAACGAAGUAAAUAAGCAAGCAGAGGACUUGCGGCCCUGGAUUGGGCCCAGCUUCCAUCUGUUCAGAAUUUUGCUUCCAGUGCAGACUUCUAGGCGACUUAAUGGAACUGGCCUACUAGUAACCUGAAAAAGCAAGAACGCUUUUACUUCUCCUACCUUUUCCAAGCAGAGGGGGGAAAUGGGGACUUUCCCCACCUUUGAAUAGCCCUUAUAUAGCUUUGUGCACUUUAACUAUUUAAUAUAACAGAAAAGGGAAUGACUGUUAGUAUUUGAACCGUAUUAGUCCUGUAGUGCUGAAAUCUACUGUAUUAGUCCUGUAGCGUUGAACGCCUUUUAACAGGCUCUUUCGUCCUGGAAAAAAAAAUACCGUACAUAACCAUUUCUAAAGGCGGCGUUACCUAGUAGGGAGAGAGAAACUUGGGGUGGGAGUGUGGGGCAGGAGACCCCAUGGUAUUUAACACAAUGGACUGAAUGCUGUUACUUUGUGUUUUUGUUGGCAUGGCCACACGGCCUGUCAGAAAUGAAACGAAGGGAAUUGAUUUUGCAGAUUUAGGAUGAUUAACGACGGAAACAUCCAAAUCAGAAUCCAGAAGCAACAUUUGGGUUCCCAGCUGGAGGAAGAGAUUUUUAUGGGUAGCAGGAUUUGAAUUCUGGAAGAAUUGAAAGGGAAGCUGACUUUACUUUCAGCCUGUGAGAUUCACUGGUUUCAGUACAGGCAGAAAUCUUUUUUAGCUCCAUUCUAAUAAGAGCCUCCAGGCAUUUGUCUGCUACUGUAGAUGUGGAGCAGAUUGGAGAAGAUCAGUUAAAAGGAAA